AUGAAAUUGGCUGAUCGUAAGAAAUUUUCUGUUCAUUUGGAUAUGUCUGCUCUAAAACAAAUUAUCCAAACUAAUCAUCCACUUUCUACUAAACGCAAAAUUGACACUACUCCCACUAGUCCAAAUACUUCAGGUUUAGCAUCAGAAAAGAAAUUUAAGCCAGUUUAACCUUUACAUACGAAUAUUAAUCUAAAUAACAACAAUAAUACAAUACAGAAUAUUAUACUCAACUUUAAAAAUAAAACUAAUAAAGAAAAAGAAAAUGCUCCAAUUUCAACAAUGUCAAAAUUUCCACUUUUAGUUGAUUAGUUUAUUAGAUUGUUUAAUUUAACUAAAAGUGAAAUUCUUGAAGUAUAAUAAUUGAAACAAGUAUAUUAUUACAAAUAAUCCAAAAUUUAAUAAGAUGGUUAAAAUGGAGAGUAUUUGUGUUAUGCAAAAGAUCACAUUAAAUAUUAAUAUGAAAUUAUUAACUUAAUUGGAUAAGGUAGUUUUGGUCAAGUAUUCUAAGUAUUGGAUCACAAAACAUAAAAAACAUUCGCUCUCAAAAUUAUCAGAAAUCAAGAAAAGUUAAAAAAAUAAGCAUAAGUAGAAGCCAACUUACUAAUGAUGAUUAAAGAGAAAGACCCAUUAAACAAAUCAAAUAUUGUGAGAAUAGAAGAAUAAUUCAAUUUUAGAGGGCAUUAAUGCAUAGUAUUUGAAAAAUUAGAAAACAAUUUGUUUGAACUAUUAAAACAAUAAAAAUUUCGAGGUUUAGAUUAUGAAACAUUAAGAAAAUUUUCAUAUUAAAUUUUAGUCGCAUUGAAUUAUUUAUAAAAACUCAAUAUUGUACAUUGCGAUCUCAAACCAGAAAAUGUCAUGGUAUAAGAUAUGAAAUCAAAGAUCAUUAAACUAGUUGAUUUUGGUUCUGGAUGCAUAGAUGGAAAUUAAAUUUAUACUUAUAUUUAAAGCAGGUAUUCUAUCUUUGAUUAAUUAUUAGAUAUUAUAGAGCUCCAGAAGUGAUUUUUGGAUUGAAAUAUGGAAUUGAAAUUGAUAUGUGGAGUUUUGCAUGUUUAGUAUCUGAAAUUCAUACUGGACAACCAAUCUUUCCUGGAGAUAACGAAAUUGAAUAAUUUAAUUUGAUUAUGGAGGUUAUAGGAGCACCAACUACUGAAUUUGCAUUGAAAUGCCCAAGAAAAAAACAUUUCUUUGAUGAAAAUGGUUAACCAAAAAAAGUCAUCAAAACUUAUAGGAAACCGUAAUCAGUUUCAUUAUAAGAAAUUCUUAAAACUACAGAUGAUGAUUUUGUUGAUUUUCUAUAAAGAUGCUUUACUUGGGAUGCUGAAUCAAGAUUAAAACCUCAGGAUGCUUUAAAUCAUCCUUGGAUUUUGUCUAUUAAUCCUAAAGAAAACACAUCAAAAUUAAACAAUAAAUUCUUCAAAGAAAUAGACUCUAAUAGUACCUUUAAAAAAUCAAAAACUUAAUCAAAUACAAUAUUAAAGGAAUUUGAAAAAAAAUUAAGUAAGGAUAAUAUAUUUCUAAAAUUACAACAAACUCGAACUUUAAUUGCUAAUAACACUUUUGAAAACAAACCAGGUAUUAUUAUUUCAAUAAUUAUUAUUUAGUGCUGAGUAGUAGAUAUGUUAAUGAUAAACCAACUUCAUCUGAUAGAAUAAGAUCAAAUAUUGCCCAUUCUAUACACUAAAUACUAUCAUGCAGACAACAUAAUGCAAGUAACACCUAGUUUAUAAGGAAACCAUCUUUAGGAUGAU